AAACCUCAUGAGGUGAAUAUGACCAACCAGUACCAUGAGGCCACGUCAUCCUGAGGUGAGAAUAAUGACACGUGGCGUCUUGGAGCCUGUUAUAAAUACGCAGGCCCAGCAGGGGACAUAUCUGAUCAUUCAGACAACUCUUCUAAGUCAUCACCCAUCUCUAUUAGCUUUUCUCAAAAAAAAAAUCUUCCAACAGCUUCUGUCUGAAAGCAUCAGCUUUGAUCUCUGCUCCAAACAAUUAAUGUCGGAAACUAUUAUGCCUCUCUUCUCUCACCAUGAAUAUUGCCACCGUAUUAGUCUCCUUCUCUUCAUUCUUUUCUUCCUCUGCAGAGUUGUGAGCGGCACAACCUUCACAAUGGUGAACAAGUGCGAUUUCACCGUCUGGCCUGGAAUUCUGGCUAGCGCUGGCAGCCCGAGGCUCGAGACCACGGGCUUUGAGCUAGCGAAGGGCGGUUUACGCGCUCUCCCAGCUCCUCCUGGUUGGUCCGGUCGGUUCUGGGCUCGAACCGGCUGCACCUUCGAUGCCUCCGGUCUUGGCUCCUGUGCUCUCGGAGACUGCGGUUCCGGUCAGGUGGAGUGCAACGGAGAAGGGGCUACACCGCCGGCGACUCUGGCCGAGUUCACGCUCGGGUCACAAGAUUUUUACGAUGUAAGUAUGGUGGAUGGAUAUAACCUUCCGGUGACGGUGGAAGCGAAAGGUGGCUCGGGCGGAUGCGCCACCACAGGCUGCGCAACGGACCUCAACCGGAGCUGCCCGGAGGAGCUGAAAGCAGCGGACGGAGCUGCCGGAGGUCCAGCAUCAUACAUAGUUUACGGCUCCUACGGUUCGCCCGACACUUGCAAGCCAUCUUUCUACUCCGAGGUUUUCAAGUCUGCUUGCCCUAAAUCUUACAGCUACGCUUACGACGAUUCCUCCAGUACCUUUACUUGUUCUGGUGCUGAUUACACCAUCACCUUCUGCCCCAGCUCUCAAAGGUAAGAUUUUUUUUUUUUUUGCAAUGAAUGAAUUCGAAUGAGAUAGAGAGUUGACUGCUUCUUUUUUUAACGAGUGGCAGUUUAAAAUCGUCAAGAAAAGCACCGGCGGCGGCGGGGGUGGAGGGGACAGCACUGUCCGGUUCAUGGCUGGCGGAUUUGGCAACUGGAAGUUCGGCAAGAACCCCUUCUGCCUCUUCGUUUCUCCCUCAUUCUUUGGCUUUUGCCAUUUCU